AUGACGAACUACUAUCUGCUAUGGCUGGCUUCAACAGCCCAGCUGCCAUUCGAGACUGGAGAUCCUUGGAGCAAUGUGAUGAGCUUCUGCCUCGCCGCCGGCAGUCCAGCAAUGAUAGCCUACUCCCUUACCAUUACGAUCCUCAACCGCUUCUGGGUUCGCAAAUCCUUUGGUGAGCUCCAGCAGAAGGCUCAGGGACCCAACGUUCGAGAUCGCUAUAAUGAGUACGCUGGCCGUAUCCGAGCGGCACAGUAUCUGUUGUAG